UUCAUCAAAAUGAGCACUGAAAGAGGAGAGGGGGUCAUUGACACCUUCUCCACCACCGUUCACACACUGGGCAAACAGACUAGAAAAGAAUGGCGAGGGCUUCGCUACAUGCAGAAAGAUGGCACAUUUCUGGUGACGUUCCAGAGGGCCACCAGAGACUGGAGCCCAUAUUUGAUGGACAUCUUCACCACUCUUGUAGAAGUCCGCUGGAGGAUAAUGCUCCUCGUCUUUUCCCUUUCUUACAUCUGCUCUUGGCUUGUUUUUGGUCUCAUUUAUUGGCUUAUCGCCCAUGUAAAUGGAGAUUUUAAAAACCCAGAAGAGAAGCUCUGUAUGGAAAACGUGCGUGGCUUCACUGGAGCGUUUUUAUUUUCAUUGGAGACCCAAGCAACUAUUGGUUACGGCUUCAGGGGAAUAACAGAGAACUGCAUGGUGGCUAUAGUUGUUUGGACGAUUCAAGAUGUUAUUAGCUGUUUUCUUGACACCAUUGUCAUUGGCAUUGUUGUGGCUAAGAUGGCCUGUGCUCGUAAGAGGGCUCAGACCGUGGGUUUCAGCAGGUGCGCUGUGGUGAACCUGCGAAAUGGGGUCCUGUGUCUGUCGUGGCGCCUUGGGGACUUCAGAGGAAAUCACAUUCUUGAAGGGGUUGCCCGGGCCCAAUUGGUCCGCUACAUGAGGCAGCCAAUCGGCUCUGUUGUGAUUUCAUACCAGGACUUGGACAUCCAGAACCGGGACAUCGUCCUCGCCACCCCGACCACAAUUAUUCACAAGCUUGAGCCGGGGAGUCCCUUAUACAGUCUGGGCCCCGAUGACUUGCUGGAGGAGAACUUUGAGCUGGUGGUCUCUUUCACCUACACCGGAGACUCCACAGGAAUGCUCCACCAGACUAGAACGUCCUACACCCCAGCAGACAUCCGCUGGGGCCAGCGCUUCCAGAACAUGCUGAGAGUGGACAAGAAGCGCUACAAGGUGAACUACGCUCUGUUUAAUGAGACCACCUGGGUGCCAGUGCCCCUGCUGAGUGCGGAGGCCCACGACAGAAUGAGACAUCCUGCAGAGGGUAGUUCACAGUUACCACCGGUCAUGAGAAAUGGACACACUUGCCAGGUCAAUCACAUCUAUGAGGAAGUGAUACUACAAACCUACUUGUAGGUAAUAAUGUAGUGUGUACAUUAARGGGCCAAYAUUAUGUGUUUCUCAGGCAUAUAUUUAAAUACUAUACUAUA